UAUUUAUAUAUUUGGAAGAAAAAGUAUAACAUACAUGGAGACAUUUAUAAUGAGUUAUGGAGCAAACCAAGGCAAAGGAUGGCAAAUGUUCUGGAUUUAUACGGAAAGAUAUGGCAUGGUUAUGAGAUCAUUGGCAUGGAGCAUCUACCAGAAGGACCAGGAUUGAUUAUUUAUUACCAUGGAGCAAUGGUUUUUGACUAUGUCUUCUUUGUAGCUAAACUCUAUGCAAAUACUGGGAGAAUAGUCCAUUCUGUGAUUCAUUGUUUCCUUUAUUUAAUACCAGGUAUAAAACUGUGUUUUGAUGUAUCAGGUUGCAUAGAAGGCAAGCAAACAAACUGUAUUGAGAUUCUGAAGAAAGGCGAGUUAGUAGGAAUAGCCCCUGGUGGAGUGAGAGAAAUGAAUUUUAGUGAUGAAAACUACAAUCUGGAGUGGGGUACCCGUACGGGAUUUGCUCAAGUGGCUUUAAAAAGCAAAGUGCCAAUCAUCCCUAUGUUUACACAAAAUGUCCGUGAAGCAUACAGGACAGUUGGAAGGACACGGGUCUCAAAAUGGCUAUAUGAACAUUUUCAAUUGCUUGCCCUUCCAAUAUAUGGUGGGUUCCCAGUCAAACUCCGCACCUAUAUUGGAGAACCCAUCCCGUAUGACCCAAAUAUUACUGCUCAGGAGCUGGCUGAAAAAGUAAGGAAACUUAUCACCAAAAGCAAACUUUUAGAUAUAUUAAGCUUUUCUGCAGAACAUUUUAGUUUGGUGCUAUAG